GCGGCCGCCGCGUCCCCGCCCCUCCGCCAUGGCCGAUGUGGAGGACGGGGACGAGCCCGGCGCCCCCCACUCGCUGCCGGGCUCCGCGGGCUCCAAGGCGGGCGCCCCCGACAAGAUGUUCUCGCUGAAGAAGUGGAACGCGGUGGCCAUGUGGAGCUGGGACGUGGAGUGCGACACCUGCGCCAUUUGCCGGGUGCAGGUCAUGGAUGCCUGUCUUAGAUGUCAAGCUGAAAACAAACAAGAAGAUUGUGUUGUGGUUUGGGGAGAAUGCAAUCAUUCCUUCCACAAUUGCUGCAUGUCCUUGUGGGUGAAACAGAAUAAUCGCUGUCCCCUCUGCCAGCAGGACUGGGUAGUCCAGAGAAUAGGCAAAUAAAAGCUGGAAGGAUUUCUUUCUGUUGCACUUAUUGGAAUGGUGUGUGUGUUAUGCCCUAUGCUCAUGCAGAACAGAAGGUGUCCAUCAGGACAUGACUCACUGGGUUUACCUGCUCCAAGACCAGAGUGGGUUGGGUGCAGGCCUCUGGCUGCUCAAGGUGCAGUCCAUGGGCAGGCUCACUGCAGGAGUUCCACAAUUCAAACAGGAGAUGCUACUGCAACAAAUGUAUCUGCUAUGAUUAGAGUAUUGUCUGGAUCAGAGCACAGAAACUUAGUGGUGCCAAUUAUACCCUAAACACAGAGCAUUUAAUCUUUUUCCAUUGAUAAAUUAAUUUAAUUGAAAGGGUCACUUCACCUGGUCUGAUACACUGCAUAAUUUACUUCCAGGAUAAAGAAAAUGUUUCCUAAGUACUAUUGUAUGCAAAACUACAGUCAGUGUGUUUUUUAAGAAAUUAUUCUGUGUUUUAAUCUAAAAUUAACAGUAUGUAAAACAUUUACUAUGUGCUUUUCCCAUCACACUGUAUUAAACCUUUCUAAUUUAGAUUUUCUUUAUGACUUUUGUUUUCCUGUAUCUCAUCUGUUGCUCUGUUAUAUUCUAUACAUGAUUUCUGCAACCAUAACAUUAAAAUUUAACCAUGUUAAUAA